AUGGCACCGUCCUCUUCGCAUUUCUGCUGGUCGUUCUACUGCGGCGGUGGACGCUUCCGCCGUCGAAUUAUUAGGGGCCGGGCGGGCAUCGUCGCGCGGCUGGUGGCUUUCACCGUCAGCCUCGCCGGGUUCUCCCACACUCUGUUCGUGAACCUGCACGGGCUGGUGUGGAGGCUCCUGUCCGGCUGGCCGUCCUGGGUGCUCAUGGACAAGUUCCACGGCAUCACGGAGGUCGCCCUGGAGCUCGACGGCGAGCUCCGCGCCGCGGCGGCGAGCUGCGCCCCCGACGGCGAGCUGCGCGCCGCCGUGGAGCGGGUGCAGCGGCCGUCGAAGAUCCCGCGGAGCAUCUGGGCCGCCAACCUGCGGGAGUGCCUCUCGCUGGUGUUCGGCGGCCCGCCGAGCUGGCGCUGGUUCCUGCCCCUCCCUGGCGGCUCCGGCGACCCCCUGCGGCCCAGGGGCUGCGACGAG